AUGCUGCGACUUAUCUAUGGUGGUAUCAAUGUCACCAACACGCUCAGCGGAGCCAUCUGGACUGAUACGUCCAUCUCAUCUUCAUCAGCCUCAGCAGCCACCACAGGCGUGAUCCGAAUUCCAGAGGUUUACCUUCCGUCAUUGUAUUUGAGACCAGCCGAGGACAAGAAUAACAAUGUGACGGACUCCCUGGGCUAACAGGGACGCUUAUUGUCACCAUCGAUACUGGAAAAUCCAUAUGUGAUGCAGAGAAAGUCGGAGAAGGAGCUGAUCGGGAAUGAACGUUACGAGGGUUACUGUUUGGACCUUCUGAAAGAGCUCUCCAACAUCCUGGGGUUCACCUACGAAGUCAGACUGGUGGGUGAUGGGAAAUACGGCGCCCAGAAUGACAAGGGAGAGUGGAACGGGAUGGUCCGGGAGCUGAUCGACCAUAUCGCAGACCUUGCAGUGGCGCCCUUGACCAUCACAUACGUUAGAGAGAAAAGCAUCGACUUCUCCAAGCCCUUCAUGACCUUGGGGAUCAGCAUCUUGUACCGCAAACCCAACGGCACCAACCCGGGCGUGUUCUCCUUCCUGAAUCCCCUCACUCCAGACAUCUGGAUGUACGUGCUGCUAGCCUGCACAGGAGUUAGCUGUGUGCUUUUUGUGAUUGCCAGGUUUACUCCGUACGAAUGGUACAACCCACAUCCAUGCAACCCGUCCUCCACUCUCAUACAGAACAACUUCACUUUACUCAACAGUUUCUGGUUCGGCGUUGGAGCUCUCAUGCGGCAAGGCUCGGAGCUAAUGCCCAAGGCUCUGUCCACUCGUAUAGUCGGGGGUAUCUGGUGGUUCUUUACCUUAAUCAUCAUUUCCUCCUACACGGCCAACUUGGCUGCGUUCCUGACGGUGGAGCGAAUGGACGCUCCGAUCGACUCGGCAGACGACCUGGCGAAGCAGACCAGGAUCGAGUACGGGGCGGUGAGAGACGGAUCAACCAUGACCUUCUUCAAGAAAUCUAAGAUCUCCACCUAUGAGAAGAUGUGGGCGUUUAUGAGCAGCAGGAAGAACACUGCAUUGGUUAAGAACAACAAAGAAGGCAUCACCCGGGUCCUGACCACCGACUACGCCAUGUUGAUGGAGUCCACCAGCAUCGAGUACAUCAGCCAGAGAAACUGUAACCUCACACAGAUCGGAGGUCUCAUCGACUCCAAGGGCUACGGAGUGGGAACCCCUAUAGGGUCCCCAUACAGGGAUAAAGUGACCAUUGCCAUCCUCCAGCUGCAGGAGGAAGGGAAGCUGCAUAUGAUGAAGGAGAAGUGGUGGAGGGGGAAUGGAUGUCCAGAGGAGGACAACAAGGAAGCCAGUGCUCUCGGCGUGGAAAACAUCGGCGGCAUCUUCAUCGUCCUGGCUGCUGGGCUGGUGCUCUCUGUGUUCGUGGCUAUCGGAGAGUUCAUCUACAAGGCUCGCAGGAACGCAGACAUCGAGGAGUGCGUAUCUUUUAGCGCCCUGAUGGAGGAGUUGGGAACCUCCCUGCAGUGUUACAAGGGCGUCCGGAGGAGGUCAAGAGCCCAGAGCGGAGCCAGGACAGUUUGUGUCCUCUGUCAACCCAAACGCACCAAGAGAGAAGGAGCGAGGCGGGACUCCAGCACGUGAGCCUCGGAUAAGCUAACGGAUGGAAAUGGAUCAGAGACUGAUAACUGAUCGCUCUCCACUCUUUUAUUUGUUCGCCAGAGAAUGAUAUAAAGUUGUUUCCUCUUCA